AUUAAACUUAAAUAAGCUCGGCCACAGCAGAUCAGCACUCCUCAAUUCUCUCUUAACCCUAAAACCCUAGUAUAAAUUUCACAAUCAACGCCGCUCUCUCUUCCUUCUUUAACCCAGAACAAACUUACACAUCCAUAGCUAGGGUUUCUCUGCAAUGGGUAAGGGAACAGGAAGUUUUGGAAAGAGAAGGAACAAGACACACACACUCUGUGUCAGGUGUGGCCGCCGUAGCUUCCACCUCCAGAAGAGCCGUUGUUCCGCUUGUGCUUAUCCUGCUGCUCGCAAGAGAAGUUACAAUUGGAGUGUGAAGGCCAUUCGAAGAAAGACAACUGGAACUGGUAGGAUGAGGUACCUCCGCCACCUGCCUCGGAGGUUCAAGAGUGGUUUUAGAGAAGGUACUGAAGCAGCACCAAGGAAGAAGGGAGCAGCAGGAGCAUCUGCAUAAGGUGUGAAAGACUUAUUUUGGGCAAAAUUUGGUUACCCUGUUAUAGAUUUAGUCAGCAAUUAUGUGCUGGGCCAAGUUUUAUGAGGAAACUAUGGAUGGUAUUCACUUUUGGUGUUAUUUAAUCAAUUUUACUUUUCAUUGAUAUGUAGUUUUGAUUUUGAAAUGAAGGGUUUUCGGAUUAGAAUUGUUUGACCAUUAA